AUGACGAGGGCGCGCCGGCGCUCCCCGCUCACCUGCUGGGCGCCUCUGGUCGCAGCUUUGUGCUGUUGCGUGCGCUGGAUUGCCUCAGAUGACAAUGUUUUUACUAUUCAACAUAAAAAGACCAACAAAUGCAUCCAAGUUAAAAGCCUGCAGAUAUUAGCAGGGGAUUGCCAUGAGUCAAAAGAAGCCCUAUGGACAUGGGUCUCCCAACAUCGCCUUUUUAACUUGGGAUCCCAGCGGUGCCUUGGACUAGAUAUUACCAAAACCAGCAAACCUUUGAAAAUGGUAGAAUGUGACUCAAAUCUUAUUAUGUGGUGGCGAUGUGCUGAUGACUUAAUACUUACUGCAAAUGAGAACAAGUUGACUUUAAAGGAGGAAUAUGUUACUGCAAGCAAAGACUCUUCUGACAGCUGGAGAAGAAACAAUUCCAGUGAUGUUAUUUGUAAAUAUCCCUAUCAAGAGACUUUUACAAGGGAAGGGAACUCCUAUGGAAAGCCCUGCGAGUUCCCCUUUCUAUUUAAUAACACAUGGCAUUACGACUGCAUACGCAAUGACAUGUUCGCAGAUGGAGAAUGGUGCUCCACUACCUACGAUUUCAGUCAAGAUAGAAAAUGGGGAUACUGCUUAAAACCAGAGGAUGGUUGUCGGAAUACUUGGGAAUAUGAUGAGGCUUCUGGGAGUUGCUACCAGUUCAAUGCCCGGGCUUAUCUAUCUUGGAAAGAAGCUUAUGUUUCGUGUCAAAGGCAAGGUGGAGAUUUGCUGAGCAUCACCAACACAUCUACAUUAAGCUACUUUAAAGAUAAAGAUGGCAUUGCGGAGAUAUUUUGGAUUGGGUUAAACCAACUGGACAUUUAUGGAGGCUGGCAGUGGUCAGAUCACACACCCUUGAACUUGCUUAACUGGAGCCCUGAGAUGCAGAAUUCAUCACCUCUAGAUGGGACAAGUUGUGUGGUUAUGAAUGCUGACUCAGGCCUCUGGAAGAGUUACCCUUGUGAGACUGCACUUCCUUAUGUCUGCAAAAAACAAUUCAAUAGCUCCAAAUCAGAGUUUCCAGAUCAUCAAGACUAUGUGGAGACCCAGUGCGAUUCCAACUGGCUUCCUCACAAUGGGUUUUGCUAUACGCUAAUGAACACAGCUGCUCCUUGGGAAUAUGCACAGCUGUCUUGUAAAGCAAAUAAUAGUAACCUAAUCAGCAUACAUUCCUUAGCAGAUGUUGAAUUGGUUGUUACCAAACUUCAUAAUGAAACAAAUGACAAAAUAUGGAUUGGUUUCAUAAAUGAGAACACGCCAGCCUCAUUCACAUGGACGGAUGAUUCCAAAGUAGUAUUCACUUAUUGGGAUCAGAAUGAGCCAAAGGUUCCUUUUAAUAACACUCCUAAUUGUGUGGCCUAUUCAGGAAAGUUGGGUCGAUGGAAAGUCCUUCCUUGUGAAAAUCUGCUUAAAUAUGUGUGCAUGAAAAAAGGAAAGGUUUUGAAUGAAACAUCUGGUAAAGAUUGUUCUGAGGAAUGGAAGAGACAUGGAAAUUUUUGUUACAAGAUUGGGUCUGAUAAAGUGUCCUUUGGAACUUACUGCAAUCUCACUAUAGAAAACAGAUUUGAGCAAGAAUUCAUAAAUAGUUUGAUUAGAAAACACAGCAGAGUUGAAGAGAGAUAUUUCUGGACUGGCUUGCAAGACCUCGACUCUUCAGGAGAGUAUAGAUGGGGAAAUGGAGAUGAAAAUACUGUAAAGCUAACAUAUACAAACUGGGAUCAUUUCCAGCCAGAAUUUUCUGGAGGAUGUGUGGCUAUGGAAAGUGGAAAACACCUCGGAAAAUGGCAAGUCAAGUCUUGCAGUACAUUUAAAGCUUACUCUAUUUGCAAAAAAUACAUUGGGCCCCCACGGCCAACAGAAGCACUGCCUAAAGUUACUGACCCUUGUCCUCAAGGAUGGCUCAGCGGAUCAGGCCUUGCCUGCUAUAAGUUAUUCCGUAAGGAAAGAGUGCUGAGAACCAGAACUUGGGAAGAAGCAGAGAGGUUCUGUGAGGCUCUUGGCGGACAUCUUCCUAGUUUUAGCAGCAAGGGAGAAAUGAGUGACUUCCAUGAUAUGCUGAGGACUCUCAUCAGUGAUGACCGAUGGGUCUGGGUUGGGUUAAAUAAGAGGAAUCCAGAAAAUCUGGGAUCAUGGCAGUGGAGUGAUGACACACCUGUAUCUACUGUUGUUAUGCCCCAUGAGUUUAAAGAAGAUGACUAUGAUGUCAGAGACUGUGCAGCUUUCAAGUCUCCUAGAGCAAGACGAAGACCAUACUGGUCUCCUUAUCUUUUUGAGGACAGAGAAUAUUUCUAUUUAAAACGUUUCCGUUGUGAUGCUAAACUGGAAUGGGUCUGCCAGACCACUAAAGGUACUAAGAUAAAGACUCCAGAGUGGUACAAACCAGAUGAAGAUGGAAUUCAUGGAGCUCCACUGAUCAUUGAUGGGUCUGAAUUCUGGUUUGUGGCAAAUAAGAACCUGACCUAUCAAGAAGCUGCUCUUUACUGUUCUAAUAAUGAAAGCGGUUUGGCUUCUCUGGACUCUUUCACAGAACUUACAGGAAUCCUAAACAGAAUAGCAAACUUAUCAGAUAAGUGGCAGAAUUGGUGGGUGAAAUCUGUGGUUCCUGCAAGUCACUUCCAUUCAUGGUUUCCAAUAUAUUCAGACUAUCAUGAACAACAUAGCAGGAAUUGCUGGCAUAUUUCAUAUCACAGCUGGUACAGAGACCUCAGAAUAAACUGUAAUUCGAAACUCCCUUUCAUCUGUGAGAAAUACAAUGCAUCUCUAUUGGAAAGACAUGAUCCAGAUUAUAAACCACCACAAAAAAAAUGUCCUGAUGGUUGGCAAGUUUUUCAGAAUAAGUGUUUUCAAACUACAACCCCUCAGUAUGUAACAUUUAAAGCAGCAAAUGAACAAUGUGAAACACUUGGAGGCUUUCUUCCUUCAAUUAAAAACCAAGCUGAACAAGAUUUUAUAACAUCCUUGCUUCCUAAUAAGCCAAAAAACAUUUGGAUUGGUUUGCAGUUUCUGUUGAAGACACAGGAAAGCAAGUGGAUAGAUGGCAGUGAAGUACAGUACACCAAUUUCCACCCAUUGAUCCGGGGAAGAGUAAGGAAGAUUUUAAUUGAUGUAUUUAAUGAGGAAGUGACCAACCAAUGUGGUGUUUUGCUCAACAAUCCCAACUCAUUGUACAUCGGGGCUUGGAAUUUGACUUCUUGUGCUGAUACCCAAGCGGUGGCUAUAUGCCAGAGGAAGGAAGAUGCUGUGCCUGUUAAGGACCAAGCACAAGAAAUGCUUAAUAUCACCAAGAACUACUUAAAUGUCACAUAUACCGUAAUUCUGCAGAACUUGACCUGGUAUGAUGCCCUAAAGGAAUGCCAGCUGAACAAUAUGCAGCUGGUUAGCAUCACAAAGCAAUACCAGCAGGCUUUUCUGGCGGCUCAGGCUGCCCAUCAUCAAUCUGCAUUGUGGAUCGGACUCUCCAGCAAAGAUGAUGGAAUUCACUAUCAGUGGUCAGAUGGAAAGCACAUUAGUUUUAGUUACUGGUCUGAAGAAGAAGAUGAUGAUGCAGAUGACUGUGUCUACUUGGACAGUGAUGGAUUCUGGAAAACAUCUGAAUGUGCUGUAGAAAAACCAGGAGCUGUUUGCUAUCUACCAGGAAAUGAAACAGUGGAAACAGAAACAUAUGGGUCUAUUAAAUGUCCACAUAAGGUUAAAAAUACACCAUGGAUUCCAUUCCAAAACAAUUGUUAUGCAUUCGUGAUAACAAAGGAUAGAUGGAAGGAAAUGAAAUCCAAUGAAGCUCACCAUUUAUGCAAGACAAUGUAUGCCAAUGCCUCCGUCUUGAGUAUCAAGGAUGAGAAAGAAAAUAGUUUUGUUGUUGAGCAGCUUCACUCAUUCAGUGGCCUUGCUAACUGGGUACGAUUAGGUCUACUUUAUGAUAAGAACGAUAUGCUUCUAAAGUGGUAUGAUGAAACAUACCCGUCUUUCAAUAAGUGGAGACUAGGGAGACCUUAUAUAAAGAAUAAUAACUUUGUUGCCGGUGUUAACUUGGAUGGCUUAUGGGAUAUUUACAAUUACUCUGACAAGUGGCUGCCGAUGCAUUUUAAUCACUACAGUGUCCUUGUCUGUAAAAUAGAAAUGGAGACUAAAGAGGACAAAUCACCACUGCCUAAGAAGCAACAGUAUGGAAACAACACAUACUGGAUUCUUCAAAAGAAGCUCAGUUGGUACGACGCAUGGAAAGAAUGCAAGCAAAAUGGAAGUGAUUUAGCUAGUAUACACAGUGAAUCGCACCAGCUGUUUCUGGAAGACAUUGUAAAGCAUGAUGGAUUUUCAUUGUGGCUUGGUUUAUCCAGUCAUGAUGAGAGCGAGUCUGAUUUUGAAUGGUCUGAUGGAAGCUCAUUCGAUUAUAAACCCUGGGAAUAUGAGACUCCACGCUCUCGUGGAGAUUGUGUUUUUUUGAACACAAAUGGAUUUUGGAAUCAUAGGAAGUGCCAAGAUGUUCUUGAUGGAGCUAUUUGCUACUCCCCACCAGAAAAAAGACAGUCAAUGCAAAUUGGAGGGUUCACAACAUGUCCAAAAACUACUAGUGGAUCAUCGCAGUGGAUACAUUAUAAUGAUAAUUGUUACGCCUUCGGUGUAGAAUUUUACAAUUUUUCAAUAUACACUGCAGAUGAUGCAGUAAAAGUCUGCCAGAAGCUUGACCCUUCUGCAACACUUUUGACUAUAAAGGAUGAAAAAGAAAAUACAUUUGUUACCACAUACUUAAAAGAACAUUACUUUUUAACGAAAAGAGUAUGGCUUGGAAUGCGUAUUAGAGCUCUGAAUUUAAGAUGGAGAUGGCUUGAUGGCUCAGAAGUUGAAUAUACCAACUGGGGAAAUGAAAAUGAAAAUGCCACUGGUAAAUGUAGUAUUAUUUCAUCCACAAGUGGAACAUGGACCAAAACUGACUGCUCAAAAGGCCGAAGCAGAGUUGUUUGCAAGGUUCCUCAAAGUUCUCAUAAAGCGGGAGUGGUGAUAGCUUUUGCUAUUAUAAUUGUGCUGGCCUUCCUUGCUGGACUGGUAUGGUUCCUGUAUAAGAAGAAACGACUGCAGUGGGCUGGUUUCUCUUCAGUACGUUAUGAACGGGGAAUGUACGAAGAUGAAAAUGAUAGCAUGUUUACCAGAGACGAUGACCAAUGGCCGAGACUCGCCCACCCCGUCAAGGCCGCCCCCUCCGACCAGCCCGCGGUGGGUGGCGUCUGGGAGCUGCGGGCGGCUGCUGGGUCUUCGAAGACGCGCAGCGUCCGCGCAGAAGCCUGUUUGGCCAUGGGUGGCCCUUUGCCCCCAUACUCCUGCCUCCUGGGCGGCCUUCUCCUGGCUGCCGCGUUGCCCUCCCAAGGAGCAGACGCAUGUCUUCCUUCCUCUUGGAUGUCAUUUGGAAGUAGCUGCUAUGUUUUACUUCGAGGAACGUUGGAGAGUAUUGAUGAUGCCAGAGAGUUCUGCAAAGCCAAUGCCUCUGGAGCCGACAUUGUUAGCAUCAAUAAUAAAGAGGAAAAUACUUUUAUCUUGAAAACCUUCCAGACCCAUUGGCAUGGUCCUGAAUAUAUUGCAUUGGGCAUGUUUUAUGAUACUGAUGAUGGUGUUUUUAAAUGGUAUGAUGAAUCAAAAGUGAAUUUUACAAACUGGAUGGAGGAAGGAAGUAGCAACUUGCUCCUGGAUACAUGUGCUACAAUGCACACUACAUCGGGUGAAUGGAAAAAAACAAGUUGUGAACAUCUCCCACUGACUGAGAUCAUUUGUGAAGCUACCACUGCUUAUGAAAAGAAAUAUUUACCAAAUAAAACCUGGACAACACUCACAGUAAUUACUUCCACCGUCAUUGUAUCAGUCUCUGCAGCAUUUCUCUGGUUCCUGUACCAAAGGAAGGUUUCUUCUACUACAUUUAUGGCCCGCAAUUUCUCCAGCCGAGUACCGUGUAACGAUGAAACUGUUCUCAUAGAUGAGGAAAAUGAAUAUACAGCCUAAACUGCAGUUAAUUAUAAAGACAUAAGGACAUAAAGGAACAACAGGAUUGUCCUAAGAGCAGUCCUACGAGGAAAUUUAAAGGGGUGGACAAUAAUAAUCUAAGCAUCUUCCAUACUGAGUUGUACUUUCUCACAGGAAGCCAUUCCCCGCAUUUAUGAAAGAUUCCAGAAAUGGUAUGCGAUUCUUUUGGGAUACUGACCAUCUCGAGUGGGGAACAAAAACUGAUAUACCGGGUCUUUUAGAACUCCUGUUGUCAGCUCCCUUGAAACCAACACCCACCCUCAGCUUGGACUCCCACACUUUCCUGCACAGGCAAACAGGGAGAGGGAUUGUUGCUUGCCUGCUCUCCUGCCUGCCUGCUUUCCGUUUCCCCAUCUGUCCCUCUCACCACUAUGCCCACCUCUUCCCCCUUUCCCCACCCAUCUGUCCAUGACUCACCAGGCCCCCUCCCUGCUGCUCUGCCUCUUCUCCUUUCUUACCGCUGCUACUGCUGUGACUGCUGGGCUGCUUGCCCCUUCACGAUGGUACCCUCCCAUUUCCAGUGUUGCUGCUGCCCAUUCCCAUUUUCUCAGCAGAGGCUCCUGGUCCUCUUCCCCUGCCUGUCUACCACACAACUGCUGCCAUCUGGCUAAAGCUGAGGGGACAGAGGCUCCAGUAGCUCCCGGUCCAUCUCCCUAGCAGCUUGAGUGGCAGUGGUGGCAGGGUUGUCAUUGGCUCUGGGUGACCUAAUGUGCUUGCUGGGACAACAACUCCCCCCCCUUCUCUACACAUGUGCAAACAACAUUCCAGUCUUUCGAAGGGGAUUUACUCCUCCCUCCAUGCUUUGUUGCCUUUCAGAUUUUUCUGGAAGCCUAGGGGGGUCCUCAAGUUUGGAAAAAAUAUGUUUUCUGCCAACAUGACCCUGAUCUAUGGAUUUAACUAUCCACAGAUGGGCCAUGUUGACUAUUAGAUAUACUGAUAUAUAUUAACAGAUUAAUUAUAUUGAGCAUGAUACAGCCAAUCAUAAAGUUGCUUCAGUCUCUCCAACUAAAAUAGUAAUUCUUCAGUGCUUAAAAUUAGUUGGAUCAUGUCCAUGUCCAUUGUUUAUAGUAACCCUGUAUAGUAACCCCAGUCCAGGAAAAGCAUAGGAUUUGCCCUGAUUACAACAGUGGGGUAAAAGAACUCUUCCACAUUUAAAUGUAGAAAAGGGCAAAAGUCCAAUAGCCUCUAUAAGGCUAACAAAAUUUGUGGUAGGGUAUGUCACAGCUCAUACCCUACCACCCUACCACAAAUUUUGUUAGUCUUAUAGAGGCUAUUGGACUUUUGCCCUUUUCUACUGCUACAGACAGACUAACACAGCUACCAUCUUGAUAUAUCUACAUUUAAAUGUAUAUGAAUAGCAAUUUUUGAUCAAAUGUUAUUGUGCUCUUACUUUAAACGGUUAAGAGGUUACACACCUGAAAGAGGAGUUCUGGUUCAGAUCUGUAGCUAGUAUAACAGUAACAAAUGGUCUGAAGAAAGGAAGGCAAUUAGCCACUUUAAUUAGACAAACGUCAUUUAUUGUUGAAUUGUCUUUUUUAUUGGAAUCCUCCGCAAAAGCCAGUGGGCUUGUUCCAUGUCUGUUCACAUCACUUUGGUGAUGUGUCCACACACCACGUAGGAAGUGGUGCGUGGACAAAGAUGCAGCUGCCCUUUUACAGGCCUUUGGCCCUGUUGCAGUCUCUGAAAUGGUGUGGCAUGCAAAUAUCAAAACCUGUGGAUUACACUUUGUAACUGAAGUCCCGUGCACUCUGCAAGUAUUUCUCUGAUUAACUUUGUAACUGAAUGUCAAUUAUGUCUGCAUUACGACAGACAAGAAAAAGCCAUAAUGAAUUACUGUAAUUUCCAUCUAUAUUUUUAUAUGUAUUUUAAUACUUGAAAAUUGUUAAAUAAAGAUUUGUUUUUAUGAGCAA